UUUCAGAGCGGGAUCAUGGCAGUGGGCAAGAAUAAGCGCCUCACCAAAGGCGGCAAAAAAGGAGCCAAAAAGAAAGUGGUUGAUCCAUUUUCAAAGAAGGAUUGGUAUGAUGUAAAAGCACCAGCUAUGUUCAACAUUCGCAAUAUUGGCAAAACACUGGUUACAAGGACUCAAGGAACAAAAAUUGCCUCUCAUGGCCUCAAAGGUCGAGUUUUUGAAGUGAGUCUUGCUGAUCUGCAGAAUGAUGAGGUUGCUUUUUGUAAGUUCAAGUUAAUUACUGAAGAUGUUCAGGGUAAAAAUUGUUUGACUAAUUUCCAUGGAAUGGACCUUACCUGGGACAAGAUGUGCUCUAUGGUCAAAAAGUGGCAGACCAUGAUUGAAGCCCAUGUUGAUGUUAAAACUACUGAUGGGUACUUGCUCCGCCUCUUUUGUGUUGGUUUUACCAAAAAGCGCAACAACCAGAUCCGUAAGACCUCUUAUGCCCAGCACCAACAGAUUCAUCAGAUUCAUAAGAAAAUGAUGGAAAUCAUGAUCCGAGAGGUGCAGAGAAAUGACUUGAAAGAAGUUGUCAAUAAACUAAUUCCAGAUAGCAUUGGAAAAGACAUAGAAAAGGCUUGCCAGUCCAUUUACCCUCUCCAUGAUGUAUUUGUCCGAAAAGUCAAGAUGCUUAAGAAGCCCAAAUUUGAAUUGGGAAAGCUAAUGGAACUGCAUGGUGAAGGUGGUGGCUCUGGAAAACCUUCAGGAGAUGAAACAGGCACAAAAGUAGAAAGGGCUGAUGACUCUGAACCACCAGUUCAUGAAUCUGUCUAAAUAAGAACUUUUUAAAAGUUGAGAAAUAAAAAUUUAUCAUUGUGAAAAAAAAAGAAUUGGGGAAUGUUGUGCCCUGUCCCCCGAUUCACCCUCCAUCUCCCAGCUUGCCCCAUCUUUUUGUGCUCCCAUCUCCACGGGAAUAAUCCUGCCCCAUCUUGUUCCACAGUUUGUGCUCCCAUCUCCGCGAAAAUAACCCUGCCCCAGCUUGCUCCACAGUUUGUGCUCCCAUCUCCACGGAAAUCAGUUUGUGUUUUUUCCCUUUAAAUACCCUGACCCUACCCUUGCUCAGGGCUGAUCUAUUUGAGUCUUUACUCUGAAUAGUUGUGCACUUGAAUAAAUCCACAUCAAAAUUUA